AUGAGUAACGUACGGCCACAAGUCAGGGCUCUAACUCACAAGAAUGAUCCCUUGUACAUCAUCAAAUCUCGAAAGUUGACUCAUAAUAGAUCAGUGACUAUUGCAGGUCCAAUGGUUCGGUAUUCCAAGCUUCCAUUCCGCCAAGUUUGUCGACACUAUGAUGCAGACAUUAUUUACACGCCAAUGAUUUUAGCCAGAGAGUUUGUGCGGAAUCGCCACGCCAGAAUUGCUGACUUCAGCUCGAACGAAAGCGAUACGCCGUUGAUCGUACAGGUGGGUGUAAACAACACCACUGACCUGCUCAGGUUUGCUGAAAUGGUGGGUCCUUAUUGCGAUGGUAUUGGAAUCAACUGUGGGUGUCCCAUCAAGGAACAGAUUCGAGAAGGUAUAGGAUCGGCACUUAUCUACAAUCCUGACCUUCUUGCAAGCAUGGUCUCAGCAGUCAAGACCAAAUAUGGCGACAAAUUGAGACUAGAGACCAAGAUAAGAAUUCAUGAUAAUUGGGACCAGACCGUAGACCUUUGUCAUCGACUUUGCGAUGCAGGCGUCGAUUGGAUUACAAUUCACGGCAGAACCCGAACCACACGCUCGUCAGUACCAGUGAACCUGGAGGCUAUCAAAUAUAUCACCGAGAAGAUCAAACCCAGGGGCGUACCGGUUAUUGCAAACGGAGAUUGUUUCACAAUGAAGGAUUUCCAAGAAAUCAUAGAUUUCACGGGCGUGGACGGCGUCAUGGCUGUGAGGGGGCUUCUGGACAAUCCUGCUUUAUUUGCUGGCUACGAUACCUGUCCCUGGGGGGCCUUGGAACUUUUCUGGCAUUAUGCCAUGGAGUUUGGAGGGCUGCCACAUCAAUUACUUUUGCACCAUUUGCAUUGCAUGUUCGAGAGCAUGAAACUCGAGAAACGUCUCCACAACGAACUUAUGGAAAUCAAGACUACGACACAACUGAUAGACUGGUUUGACCGAAAUUUCGUGCUGAAAAGGAUCGGUGAGUCCGGGUUUGCUGAAGCUGUCGAUAUACCAUACAAGAAUCAAUCAAAAGUAUAA